AUGACCAAGAUAUUGAUUGGUUUGCUGGCUCUUUGUGGCCUCAGUCAAGCCAUGUAUUUGCCUGGUGUUGCGCCCAACGAUUACGAUCAAGGCAACGACGUACCUUUGUUCGUCAACUCACUCACGCCCAUGUCCAACCAGCAAAAAUCGGUUUUAUCCUACGACUAUUACGACGAACGCUUCCACUUUUGCUCGCCUGAAGGUGGCGCCAAGAAGCAGGCUGAAAGCUUAGGCUCUGUGCUCUUUGGUGAUCGCAUCUUUACCUCUGCAUUCAAGCUUUCACUCUUGAACAAAGAGCAGGAUAAACUACUAUGCACAUCCACACCUAUUCCCAAAGCAGAUGCUGACUUCAUCAACGAAUGUAUCAAGAACGAAUACGCUUUGAACUGGGUGGUCGACGGACUACCAGCUGCUCAUCUCAGCAACGACGAACGCACAAACGAAGAAUAUUACAGUAUUGGCUUUGCUCUCGGUAACAACAGAGGCGCCGUGGCUGAGCUGAACAACCACUAUGAUAUUACUGUUGAUUAUCAUCACCGUGAAGAUGGUAAAUAUCGUGUUGUUGGCGUUUUGGUAUCUCCUGUAAGCAGAGCUCAAAAAGUAAAUGAGAAGGGUGUUGUUGUACCUAGCGGCGGUCCUAUGGUCUUGAAGGGGAACGAUCAAGUUGUGCAUUCGUAUAGUGUGAACUGGCAGCCAUCCAACAUGCCUUGGGCUACUCGCUGGGACAACUAUUUGCAUGUGUUGGAUCCCUCUAUUCAUUGGUUCUCACUUGUCAAUUCCAUUGUCAUUGUGUUGUUCCUGACGGGUAUGGUCGCUAUGAUCUUGAUCCGUGCUCUCCACAAGGAUAUUUCUCGUUACAACGCUGUCGAUGCUCAAGAGGAUGUACAAGAGGAUUAUGGCUGGAAGUUGGUGCACGGUGAUGUAUUCCGUCCCCCUCAGCGCCCUAUGCUCUUGUCUGUGUUGGUAGGCAGUGGUGCGCAAAUUGUUGCCAUGACAGGCCUGACCUUGGUCUUUGCUGCUCUCGGCUUCUUGUCGCCCUCCAACCGCGGUGCUUUGGGUACUGUUAUGAUUAUCUUUUUCAUGGUGUUCAGUUGUAUUUCAGGCUUUGUGUCUGCUCGCAUUUACAAGAUGAACGGAGGUGAGAACUGGAAGGCCAAUAUCGGUCUGACCGCUAGUCUUGUGCCUGGUGCCAUCAUGAGUUCCUUGUUCGCCAUGAACUUUUUCUUGAUCCACUCUCAAUCAUCGGGUGCUGUUCCUUUCGGCACCAUGUUCACCUUGUUGGGUCUUUGGGCUCUGAUUGCUUUCCCCUUGAGUGUUGCUGGCUCCUACUUUGGUUUCCGCCAACCUCGUAUUGAACAUCCUGUUCGCACAAACCAAAUCCCUCGACAAAUCCCUGAUCAGCCCAUGUACCUUCGCAGCUUACCUUCCAUCAUGAUGGGCGGCAUCUUGCCCUUUGGUGCCAUCUUUAUCGAAUUGUAUUUUAUCAUGAACUCCAUUUGGUUCCAUCGAGUGUACUAUGGCAUUGGCUUCUUGUUCUUGGUGUUCAUUGUCCUCAUCUUGACCUGUUCUCAAGUCACCAUCUUGAUGUGCUAUUUCCAUCUCUGUAGCGAAGAUUAUCACUGGUCAUGGCGUUCAUUCUUGACUUCUGGUGCAGCUGGUUUCUACGUCUUCUUGUACUCCAUCCUGUACUACUUUACAAAGCUCAACAUCAACUCUUUCACUAGCACAGUUCUUUACCUUGGAUAUUCAUCUGUCAUUAGUAUCUUGCUAACUGUGUUCACUGGUGCUGUUGGAUACCUCUCUUGCUUGUACUUUUUACAAAAGAUUUUUGCUAGUAUCAAGGUAGAUUAA